CGCCUCCUCUGCGCGCGCAGCCACAGUCGCGGAGUCCCUCCCACGUCGCUGCGAGUCCCUAGACCGCUACGUAGGAAGAUUGAGCAGCAAUGGCCGCCGGAAAGGGCGGCCCCGCCCCCGCCGGUACGUCACUUGUCUGCGACGGCGCCUGCACCGGAUACUAUGCUGCUGGCCGGGCGCGGCUGCCCCCUGCUGCUGCACGUGCAGCACCUUCGGAAGCGACCGAGGCCUGGGCUCUGUUCAAUCCGGGUGAACUUGGGCGAGAACCUUUCGGAGGAGCCCGGUCACUAUCUUUCGAGUCCUCGCGCAGAGACGCGCGGGAUGGAGAAGGAGGGCACGAAGUGGUGCGGCUGCGCGCAGAGUCGCUUCCAGGUCUCUCUCGGCGCCCGGGCAUUGGGGUUCGAUGUCUUCCGUCACUGGAGAGUGUCAGACCGCUGGCGCCGCGGGAGGUGUCACCUCCCCGGGAGAGCGAGGACUCGAACGGAGCCCAGGGCCAGUUCGAUCUCGCACACAGAGGAUCCGGGGAUCACUCUCAGCCCGCCCUGGAUCAGUCCGCUACCGAGGUCGCAGAGCUUCCUGACUCAACUUCCAGGGAGGGCCCCUUUCGGGCUGAGCUGAUUUUAGCCGAGACUGGCAAGAGAGAAACACAAUUUAAAAAAUUAUUUAGAUUGAGCAACGCCGGACAUUUAAAUAGUAACUUUUUGGGGCUAGUCCUGUUCAGCGAGAUCUUGGGGAAGUUCCCCGGCCAGAUGCUGAAGAGUUGCUCGGGUAAGCACUUCAUGCUGAGGAGGCCGGCCUUGGAAGACUAUGUAUUAUUGAUGAAAAGAGGGCCUUCCAUAUCAUAUCCAAAGGAUAUGAAUAUGAUGCUGCUGCUGAUGAAUAUCAACCCAGGUGAUACUGUUUUAGAAGUUGGUUCAGGCUCUGGUGGAAUGAGCUUAUUUUUAUCCAAAGCAGUUGGAUCAAAAGGGCAAGUGAUAAGGUUUGAAAUAAGAAAAGACCACCAUGAUCUGGCUAAGAAGAAUUACAAACAAUGGCGUGAUUCAUGGAAAAUAAGUCAUGUGAAAGAGUGGCCAGACAAUGUGGAUUUUAUUCAUAAGGAUAUUUCAGGAGCAACCGACGACAUGAAAUCCUUCACAUUUGAUGCAGUAGCUUUGGAUAUGUUGAAUCCUCAAGUCGCUUUGCCUGUUUUAUACCCAAGUCUUAAACAGGGCGGCAUAUGUGCUGUAUAUCUAGCAAACAUUACACAGGUUAUUGAACUUUUAACUGGAAUUCACAUCUGUGAACUUGCUCUCUCGUGUGAAAAGACAAGCGAAGUAUUGGUUUGCUUAGCAAAACAGAAAAAUGGAAUUUUAUAUCAAAAAGUAGUACCUAAAAUCAGCACAGAUUUACAAUUAUAUUCUCAAAAGAAAAUUGGAGUUGAAAGUGAGAUGUUUCAAGAGGAUGACCAUGAAGAAUCCUAUUCUGAUUUCUCAUAUGGAUCACUUCCCUAUAUUGCUAGGCCUGUACACUGGCAAACUGGUCACACAGUUGAGUAAUGUUUUCAGGCAUUAUUAAAUCAUGGUUUUCUUCUAAUUAUUGAAUUGACCUUACUUUUUCCCUUCUUA